AUGAUAAAAGAGCAGCAUAUCGACUCAGUUGAUUAUAAAGAAUUUGAAGAUCAGGAAUAUGUUAACAGCGGAAAUUCCGGAAUUAUAAUGAAGGUAUCUUGGACAACAAAAAGUAAGAUCGUUAUCUUAAAACAAAUUGUGCCCGAUGAAAUUAUGACAGAGUCGGAAAAUCAAGAGCUUAUUAAGGAGAUCAAAGCUUUUCAUUCGAUUAAAGUUAGAGAACAAUCGGCUAUAAAUGAAAUAGGUUGCAGAAAUAUAAUUGAAUGUUUUGGAGUAUCGCGUCUCAAUGAGGAAGAACCAUUUUUGCUGGUAUUAGAAUACGCAGAUCUAGGUUGUUUGCGAGACUAUCUGUAUAAACACCGUGAUAAUUUGAUGUGGGAACAAAAAAUCAAUAUCGCGCGGCAGGUUACGUGUGGAUUACACUUUCUUCAUAAAAAUGAAAUUUUACACCGUGACUUA